CUGACACAUCGCGAUCAGAAGCAAGAAGCAACAAAUGAGGAUGAGCUGUCGAACAGAUCCACAAGCACAAGACUGCAUCAUAUUGUUUGCAAGGGUAGAAUAAUCUACUCUGAUCUUAUUAUUGUCCUGCCCUUUCGAGUUUGGAACCAGAUGCUGCCUGUACCGGUACACUGAAGAACACCAUGAGCACGAAACAGCAGAACACUGGAAGAAACACAAGGUCCUCGAGGCAACAGCUAUUUCUUCUCCUGGUGGCGACGGUUGCCAGCUUUCACACGGUGCAUGCGGUACCUGGGUUUAUCAAGAAAAGUGCUCUGAACCCCGUCCCAAGCACAAAUGCACAGGCACAUCGCCUGACAAGUUCGUUUGGUCCAAGUGUUACUGGAGGCAGCGCGGAGGCAAAUAUCACAGAAAAUGCUGGUCUAGCCAACACGACACAAUUGCUGAGCAGCAGUGAGACUCCCCUGGAGAAAUCGACAAUACACGGAACGGCUCAAGAAUGGGCAGGUAGCACUUCCCCAGCACAAGUAGUGGAAGAACCCGGUCCCUGGCCAUGCAUGGAUGAGCUGGACAAGCAACUUAUUAAGAUAUCCCUGCCUGUCAUUGCCAACUUUGCCAUAUCACCCCUGGUUGGAGCCAUUGACCUCUUCUUUAUCAACAGGUUGGGGAAUGCUCUGGCUGUGGCGGGACAGGCGGCUAGCAACCAAGUUUUUGGUUCUGUAUUUUGGCUGACCUCCUUCCUACCAAGUAUCACUGCCAUUGAAGUCUCAAGGGAGAGCGCACAGGGAAAUGAAGAAGGAGUUCAAGAGGCUGUGUGUCGCGCACUUUUUGUGGGAAUCAUCUUUGCAUUUCUUGGAAGUGGUUUCUUGCUGACAUGUACUGAGAAGGCUCUCAGCUCCGUUCUCAAGAGCGGAGCUCCCGCGCUUGAAUUUGCCAGGCCAUAUCUCAAGAUUCGCGCGAUAUCCUUCCUCCCAUCGCUCAUAUCAAUUGUGGGGUUCUCUGCCUUUCGAGGCCAAAUGGACACGGCAACUCCCGUUCGGAUAAGCUUCUUUGCAAACAUCUUUCACGCACUUCUCGUGCCCAUGUUCAUCUUCAAGCCCUUCUCCAUGGGAGUUUCUGGGGCUGCACUGGCAACGCUCAUCGCAGAAACCAUUUCCGCUUUUACCUACCUUGUUUUAAUGACUCGAAAGAAGCUCAUUAACAUGAGCAAAAUCUUUCAAAUACCAGAGUUCAGCAAGAUCAGAGAUCUGAUGAAAGGUGGCUUGGCUCUUCAGCUGCGAAACGUCGCGUUCAAUCUUACGUUUAUAUCGGUCACUAGAAUGACACAAGCAAUUGACAGCGACGGGGUUGCUCCGGCAGCUCAUGCAAUGGCGUUACAGACCUUUCAGGUGGGAGGAAUCGUGCUCCUUGCUCUAUCCGUCGUGGCGCAAACGGUAGUCCCAGCGGCUUUGGUGGAAACAUAUGACGACAAUCUACAGAGGACCGUUGGAGGAUUGGAGCAUGCCAGAGCAACUGUGAACCGUCUCAUGAGCUGGGGUGUGAUUCUGGGAGCUGCUCUUGGUUCACUGCAGAUUGUCCUGAUGCCGCUCAUCAUGAAAUCAACACCUCUGCAAGAAGUGCGUGAUGCAGCCCGGCUACCAGCAUACUUUGCAAGUGUGUUCCAGAUUAUCAACGGCAGCGUGUUUAUUGGCGAAGGUGUCAUGGUUGGCACAGGAAGCUUCCUUUUCUUGUCUCUGAGCACUGCAAUUGCGUCAGUGGGAUGUGUUGGCGCAAUGAGGUCCUUGGCACCACGUUUUGGACUGACAGGGAUAUGGAUGGGUUUCGGCGUCUUCAAUGGUAUCAGGCUGCUGUGCGUGUUGCUACAUCAAUAUUACCUUGGGCCAUUGGCCAGGAGAGUAGAGGAAACCACAAAGGCGAAACUCCCUGUUGAAAAUGAGGAGCACAGAAUACAAUCUGCUGCUACGAACGAUGAGGAUCAAAGCACAACAGCACCGAUUCUUGCUGUGCCAGAUGAACAAUGA